AUGGUGAAGAAUAAAGAGAAUGAGACGACCCCAGCUCGCCCUCCUCCCAGCUUGAAGAAACAAAAUUCUAGCGUGGGAUCGAGCAAAAAUCAAGCAUCAAUUCUUGGAUUUUUUUCGAAGAAACCUGCCAGUACUCCGACCAGGAAACCUUCCACAGACGCGCCUGGUGGAAUCUUGCAACCCAAUGGCUCUGCAAAUAGUUCAAAAUCUACACCGAAGCCCAGCAGCACCGUGAAGAGACCCCAGUUCAAAAAGUCCGUCCAGAAGAGCGUAACCCCAGUCCCAAGUAGCGACAACAUUGAGCCACCAAGCUCACAGGAGAACAAAAAUGGUGGAAUCCCGACAGAGGUAGACGAUUGCUCGUCAUCGCCUCCAGCACCUGCUGAAAAGGCAGCGGAGCAGCUUGCAGAUAUCGAUGGUUUAGUUCUAGCGAGCAGCCCUUCACGAAAGGCGGCGAAGAAGGUAAUUAGCUAUGCCGAAUCUGACGAUGACGAUGAAGAUGUAACUCCGAGAACUACUCAACGAAGAAAGGGAAAGAAGCCAAUGAUUGAAAGCGAUGAUGACGAUGAGGAUACAUUUAUGGGUGACUUAUAUGGAGCUGAUGAUGACGAUGAUGAAUUGGACGAUUUCGUUGUCGAUGACGAUUUCGAUGCUCCAAGCAAAUCUUCUAGAAAGAGAAAGCGGCCAAUAUCCACGACAGCACCUCGAAAGCGAUCUAAUAUAUCGCCAGCCCAUCAAUCAUUCGAUGACGAUGAGGAUAUACAAAUACCAGAGGCUUCGACAGCUCAACAAUGGAAAUAUGACCCAGAGAACAUUCAACCUUUAAAAGCCAAGUCUUCGAGUGUCCCGAGGACUCCUAAUUCGAGUGGGAAGAAAUUCAAAGAAAAGGCAUCCAAAAGUGACCCAGAUCAACGAUAUGAGUGGCUAGCAAAUGAGCGGGACAUUGAUCGAAAUCCUCCUGGUCAUCCUGAUUAUGAUCCUCGUACGCUAUACAUACCGCCAAUGGCGUUCAACAAGUUUACACCCUUCGAGAAGCAAUACUGGGAAAUAAAGCAAAAGUGUUGGGACACUAUUCUUUUCUUCAAGAAGGGCAAGUUCUACGAAUUAUAUGAGAGAGAUGCUACCAUUGGACAUCAGAUAUUUGAUUUGAAACUUACUGACCGCGUUAAUAUGUCAAUGGUCGGUGUACCAGAAAUGUCAUUACAGCACUGGGCAAACCAAUUUCUUGCCAAAGGAUACAAAGUUGCCGUUGGUGAUCAAAAGGAAUCGGCUUUAGCAAAAGAAAUGCGUGAACGAGAAGAUAGUGCAGGCCCGUCAAGCAAAGGCAAGAAACCUGAUAAAAUCAUUCAUCGAGAGCUAUCUUAUAUUCUCACCGCUGGUACCUUGGUCGAGGGUAGUAUGUUACAAGAUGAUUCAGCAACAUACUGCGUGGCCAUCAAAGAGUCCAUCACAGAUGAUAAUUUGCCAGCAUUUGGUAUAUCAUUUGUUGAUACAUCUACAGGCCAGUUUUUUCUCUCCGAAUUCACUGAUGACGUAGAUUUGACCAAAUUUGAGACAUUUGUCGCUCAAAUCCGUCCUCAGGAACUGUUGCUCGAAAAGUCAUGUGUUUCGACGAAGGUGCUUCGUAUCUUAAAGAAUAACACUGGCCCAACAACUGUUUGGAAUUACUUAAAAUCGGAGAAGGAAUUUUUAACCGCUGAGAAAUCCCGCAGAGAAUUAGAUUACGGUGGUUACUUUGCUUCAGGAGAUGGUGGAAAAGAAACCUGGCCUGAAGAGCUUGAAAAAGCAAGAGAUAAUGAUCUGUUGAUUUCCGCCUUCGGAGCUCUUUUCCAGUAUUUGAAAGUCCUUCAGCUUGAGAAAGCUCUUCUUACGCAAGGUAACUUCGCUUGGUACAAUCCCAUCCAGAAAGGGACAACUCUUGUACUUGAUGGUCAAACUCUUAUCAACCUCGAGAUUUUUUCCAACACAUUCGAUGGGAAUACAGAUGGUACCCUAUACACACUCCUCGAUCGUUGCACUACACCAUUUGGAAAGCGAUUGUUUCGACAAUGGGUGUCGCAUCCCCUGUCCGACAUUAAGAGGAUUAACGAACGUCUCGAUGCUGUGGAUUUGCUAAACAAAGAUGAUAACUUGAGUCGUUCAUUCAAAUCCUCAACUUCCACGUUGCCUGAUUUGGAACGUCUUAUCUCUCGAAUCCAUGCUGGAUCAUGCAGACCUGAAGAUUUUCUCAAAGUACUAGAAGGGUUUGAGCAAAUCGAAUACAUCCAAAAGGAAAUCCUUGGUAAUUAUAGUGGUGGUGAUGGCGUCUUUAGUCGUUUGGUUGCGACAAUUCCUAACCUUGCGGAUCCUCUACAAUGGUGGAAGAAUGCAUUUGAUCGGAAAAAGGCAAAAGAGGACAAAAUUCUGGUUCCUGAAAGAGGAGUCGAAGAAGAUUUUGAUGCGAGCCAAGACCGUAUUGAGGAGAUUCAUCAAGAGCUGGCAUCCUUACUGAAAAAAUAUCAGAAGAAGUAUGAUUCAAAAAAAAUCGAGUUUAAGAAUAUUGGCAAAGAGAUCUAUCAACUGCAGAUGCCGGUCUCUAUCAAAGUACCUAACGAUUGGAAGAUGAUGUCUGCUGCAUCCGGGUUUAAGCGCUACUACUUCCCCGAACUCACCAACAUAAUCCGAGAUCUUCAAGAGACUCAAGAAACGCAUGGUCAAAUUGUCAAGCAAGUAGCUAGCAGAUUUUACGCGCGUUUCGAUGAAGAUUAUGAAAUAUGGCUUCAGGCUGUUAAGACUGUUGCCCAACUUGAUUGUCUUUUCAGUCUUGCUGCUGCAUCCUCAGCCCUUGGUACUCCAUCUUGUAGACCCAAGUUUGUUGACUCGGAGCGAAGUGUGGUUGAAUUUGAAGAACUUAGACAUCCUUGCAUUUUACCAAAUGUGACGGACUUUAUUCCUAAUGAUGUCCAACUUGGUGGAAAGUCAGCUAAUAUCAAUUUACUCACUGGUGCUAAUGCGGCCGGAAAGUCUACAAUCCUACGAAUGACCUGCGUCGCAGUAAUAAUGGCACAACUAGGUUGUUACGUACCUGCCAAAUCCGCAACACUUACUCCUGUCGACCGUAUCAUGUCCCGUUUAGGUGCCAAUGACAACAUCUUUGCCGCCCAAUCCACCUUCUUCGUCGAACUCUCAGAAACUAAGAAAAUCCUCUCUGAAGCUACGUCUCGAUCCCUCGUCAUCCUCGACGAACUCGGUCGUGGCACCAGUAGUUACGAUGGUGUCUCAGUCGCUCAAGCUGUACUUCACCACGUCGCAUCUCAUAUCGGCUGUAUCGGUUUCUUCGCCACGCAUUACCAUUCUCUCGCUCUAGAAUUCGAUUCCCACCCCGAAGUCAUCAAUAAGCGUAUGGCUAUCGAAGUUGACGAUGAAUCAAGAAGCGUACUCUUUUUGUAUAAAUUAGAAAAUGGAGUUGCCGAAGGUAGUUUCGGUAUGCAUUGUGCAAGUAUGUGUGGAAUACCACGGAAAGUGGUUGAUAGAGCUGAAGUCGCGGCGAGGGAAUGGGAGUACACUAGUAGACUUGGAGAAAGCUUAGAGCGGGCAAGAGGAGAAAAGGGAAUUUAUUUGCCGCUGGGCAUGUUGAGUGAUGUGGCUUGGUGUUUGAAGGAAACGGGGACGAAGGGGAAGAGACUAGAGGUUGAAAAUGAAGAAAGUGGCAUUAGUGAGAGGGGAUUGGAUUGUCUUUUGAGAGCUAUUGAAGCUUUGUGA